AUGUCAACCCUUGGAAUUGACCAUUCUCCAGAAGAAACACUAAGCGAUGAUGAAUGGGCCACAUCGUUUCGAGUGGGCGUUUUGAGUGACUCGGAAAGUCAGACUUCCGUCUCGGAACGGAACGAUCUCUCAGUCUCAAGCGCUGCAAGGCAUCACACACCAACGCACGAUCAAGGGCGCCAGUGCGCUCGGGUAAGUACAGGCACGUCACAAGAGAACGUCUUGCACAAAUACUUGCUGAAGUAACGUCGAUCCACAGACCGCAUACAUCCCGGACGAGGAUGAGUCUGACGUCGUUUUCCGUGAUACGCCAUUGUAAGUAUCGUCAUUUGCAUAUUCCAAGCUGGGUGGUGAUCUCUCGCUGAGGCUUGCGUGUAGCACUAUCGCCGCUCGCAACGCUGCGAGCCGCAACACUCAUAUCAGUGCCCACAAAGACGGGAGUAAGAGCGACAACAGCUCGAUGGUCGGAGAAGCCUCGAACCGUGUCUGUGUGCCCAACUCGAACCCAGACACGCCAUUCAAAAUGCCAGACGACGCCGACAGCUCAUCGAGUCAGAACGGACCAAAAGCAGCUGGCUCUCCGGCCCCUCUCCAAGUUCAAAGACCCCAGGAAUCAGCGCAUACAAGCGGCUCCGCUGUUCGCGAACCAACGAUCCCGGCCAAACGUCGCACGCUAGGCAUUAGACCUAUGGUUAUGCCCAUUAAUCAUUUCAAGCCUCCUCAAACGACUUUUGCCUUUACACGCCCAUCGUUGAGACCACCGCCCAUCCGACAAGAGCCUCCCGAACAUGCAUCGGACGACGCUUGUACGUCGCCGGACCCAUCAUCGCCGAAUACCGUCGAGCCGUCGAGAGGUCCGCCCAAAUUGGGUGCGGGCUUGCAGCGCGCACGCGUCGGAUUAGCAAAAGGAAACAUCAGCAAGGGUCAAGCGACGCAGGCAAAGCUUUGUUUCAUACCCCCGCACGACAAGCAUCAGAUGGUCCAGGACGAAAGCAGUGUAGACCCGAAAGUCACCGCAGUCCCGUUUGACGACUACUCGGAGAGUAUUCAGAGCGACGAAGAGUGGCUCGAAACCAUGCAAGACGUCGAGGACGUCUUAUCCUCGAGCAGAAGCCCGCCUGUCUGCUCUGAGCCACGUGCAACCUCAGCCUCGGCUAUAUCGACGUCUUCACUUCAUGAGCUAGGUUCGACUGGGAAUCGCCGGUUUCCCGCGGCAGGCGUCAAGAGGUCAGCCGUCGGGACACCGAAGCAACACUUCGGCUCGAUGCUCCCCUUUGGUACACCUCACCUCCCAGCAGACCAUGAAGCUCGUGGCGAUGCUGCGCAGUAUCGAGCUGCAGUCGUUGAAGUGCGCGAGCCCUCGAACCCGCGAUACACUGCUGAGGAACGGGCAAGACAUGGCUUCGAGUUGGCAGCCGCCAGCGGCUUCAAAGUUUACGAAGAUCCUGUGCGGUAUCCGCCUGCUCCUUGGAGCUCUGUAGAGCCGUCGCCCCGUCAAGACGACAUUUUGUACACGAGUGCCGGGCAACUCCAUCCGUCCAUGGCACGAUCAUUUCCUCUGCCGAACAGCACUACCUCGCAACACGGUUGGAGUCCUGCACACGAUCUUUCGUCACAAGGAGCCCCUCUUCCUACGCUGCUUGCGCACCAAGAGACGGUGCCCCACUCUCUAUUUCAUGACCAUUUGACCCACGGCGAGCCUAACAGCAGCUCCUAUUCUACCCAAGAUGCUGACAUUGUUGGACAUCUACCUAACUAUGACGCUACUGAGGACGAUGGCUUGUCUGAUACACAUCCCGGCCAGGAUGCUGUACAAGCAGGUCGCGUUUCUCGCCUGACUAUCGAGGCUGGCACGGGAUGGAACCAGGCUUCGCGCGCUUCAUGCCUCCAGCCGCGCACUCACACUACGAAAAGCUACAACAGUCCUGCAGACAGCGCUCUGGCAUUGCUGUCCUCUCCAAAUCGUGAGUAGCUCGCCAAAAGUUGUUCUCGGCGCUAGAUGGACCGAUGACUUAGAUCUUUCUACGCGCAGAUCGCCGGGGGAGACGGACCUUGCCUAUGCAUCGAGACCGCGCUUCACCAGAGCUAUCUGGUGCCAGCACCACUCGAAGCAAGCAUCGUCUGCGUGAUUUCCGUUAUCGCGCGGCUGCUCACGACGAGCAACUCGCUAACGAGGCCUGGAGCGGAACUUUGUGGGCGAACAAGCUUGGUCGAUCCCUUCAGCUGCGCCAACGCGAGCAAUCGUCUCAGCGCUUACUUCCGAGCGUUGCUCAGCGCAAGGGCAGCGGAAACGGCGUUCCUCGCAUGACGCCCCAAGGUCGUGCAAACGCAAGCAAGCGCCUGAGGCUGCCACUUUUCUCGAAUCAAGCAAAUGCUCUCCAAGGCCCAGCUCGCAGGCAGAGCGAGGCUACUGGUGCGCAUCAGAGGUACGACACCGAUGAAGACCCUAGCCGAGAAGAUAUAGCCAUCUUUGACAGCUACACAGAUCGCCAUGCUAGCAUUGGUGAUGGUGACGAACAACAGCGCUUGACGCUCUUCGAACCUUCUCCCCCCGCCAAAAGAAGUCGCGCGUCCUGA